GUAGCUGCAGGCAGCAGCACAAGCCAAAAAAGAAAAGAGAAUCCCAGGGGGUUUAAAACGGCGGCAGAUUGGACUUUUUCCUUAUAUCCUAUCUCACUAUCUGCUGCUAAUUCAAUAAACCAGACAUACGCACACAGAAAAUACAUCAAAAACUACUAUUAAUUCAAAUUAAUUGUUCUUCAUUCUUCAGUUUUUUGUAUUGAACAAAUAGUGAGAUGGAAUCUGGGGAUCCUUCUGCUGCAAAAAAGCUUCAGAAGGCUGGCCGUGAGAAGCAACGGAGGUGUCGGCUAAAUGAGCAGUUCAUUGAGUUGGGAAAAACACUUGAUGCUGAUAGGCCAAAGAAUGAUAAGGCAACCAUUAUAAGCGAUACAAUUCAAUUGCUCAAAGAUUUGACUGCUGAAGUCGACAAACUUAAAGCUGAACAUACCUCUUUGAGCGAAGAAUCUCGUGAGUUGACACAAGAGAAAAAUGAUCUUAGAGAAGAGAAGACAACCUUAAAAUCAGACAUCGAAAGGCUUAAUGGACAAUGUCAGCAGAGACUUGGUUCUGCUUAUCCGUGGGUCGGUAUGGAUUCAGUUCUUCAACAUCCACCUUCUUAUCCAUAUCCCAUGUCGAUUCCUGUUCCUUCAGCACCAAUCCCUAUGCAUCUAUCUAUGCAGCCAUACCCAUAUUUUGGUAGUCCAAACCCUGCUAUGUUCGCCAACCCGUGCUCUACUUUCAUGCCAUACAUGGCCCCAAAUCCUCCUGCUGAGCAGCCAUCAGCCGAUGUUUCUCCGUCCAUGCAGCCAGGUAGUAGAACCCAAGUUUACGCCAAACAAGGUAUUGGAAGUUCAUCAGAUAAGCAAGAAAAACGAAUCAACCAAAAUGAAGAUUCAAGUGAUGUCCCAACCAACCUGGAGCUGAAAACACCAGGAUCAACUACUGAUGAGGAUAAAUCAUUAGAAAAAAAGAACCGUCAGAAAAGAAUUGCAGCAGAGGGGAGUUCUACAAGUAGAUGUUCAUCUCAUAGUGUACAGGAUAGCUCAUCAAGUAGCAUAGUUGGUGGUGGCAAGGGUAAUGAUUAACAGAUAGUCAGCUACUACUACUAACUACUAACGGAAAAAACUUUAUCUACCCAGUGGGUCAACAACCCACUACUAAUAGAAACAAAUAAAUAAUGGAAUCCAACUCAUCACUUCUAAUAGUUUUUUAAUACUCUAUUUCUAGUGGGUUAAUUAUCCACCGGAUAGAUGUAGCAUUGCCUAGUACUAACUGCUUGAUAUACAAACACCUAGGUCGAUCUCUUACCUCUAUAGGGCUCUUCUUCCACACUCGAUACGCGCAUCUCAGUCUGGCUAACGCACGAGCAUAUAAGCAAUUUGAUUUCUUAUUCGUCAAUUCACUUCUGGACUGUUGAUGGCAGUUAUACUUCGAGUAAGCUAACUUGCUGACAUAAUGUACACUUAAUUUAUUGUUUUUGUAUAUUUAUUUUGAACAUAAAUUUUGUAGUUUUUGUAAUUAGUUUUAGAUAUUUUUGGUGAAGGAGAAAGAUUCUAUUGGAUUCAAACUU